AUGUUCCCAAUCGCAACAUCCAGAAUAAUAAGCCAAUCGGCCAGACUGUAUUCUACUACAGCUCCAGUUGCCAGAAAGGGUGGACUCAAAGGAACUUUGUUUGGCUUCCUGUUGGGUGUCACGAUAACCGGAUUCGGGUCGUACUACUACUUGGUGGACGAAUACAAGAGCUCAAGUAAUGCCGUUGUAUCCGACGUUCUUUCGUUGCAAAAGUCCAUCAGAAAUCUAGAGAGCCACGUGAGGAGUUUGGAGGAUGCGACCAAGAAGUGA